UUCAACCUUACAAAGAAAAUUGUGAGAUUCACAACCUUUGACCUUAAGAUGAAACCCAGAGCACUUGAUGUUCGCAGGCAAAAGAAGAACUUGCCAUUUUAAUAAUGUUGAUGCUUGCUCAUUUGUGUUUUCUCCUCCCCUGGCUCGUCGCCUUCUGUGGGAAAGUUUUCUUCAGAGACUUAAGAAGAUGAAGAGUCCUGGUAAAAAAACUUUGGUAAGUGGUAAAUUAAUUUUACACUUGUAUUUCUCCCAACCAUAAGAUUAAUCUAAGGGUCAGGAUCCGAAUCCGCUUCCGCGUGGACCCCGUCCUCAUGCUUUUAAAUUGCUUUCUUUUGUGCUCACCAUAUGCGACACUUUCAUCGCUGACCACCCCUCCAAUGGGAUUCCUGACCAACUGCUUUCGAGGAUUUGCUUCUACUAAGAGACCUUCCGCAACCGUAGAAGAACUUUCCCACCGCUUCUCUCUUUCCCAAAUUCGAGCAGCAACCAACAACUUGGACGAAAGCCGAAUAAUCGAUGAAGGACGUUUUGGUAAGUUAUACAGAGGUCACAUCUCGAUCGAUGGCCAACCAAUAGAAAUUGCAGUGAAGCAUUUUAAUUCUCGAGAUCUAUUCUCAGCACGUUCUGAAUUCGUGAACGAGAUCCUGUUUAUGAGCCAGCUACACCACCCGAAUCUGGUGUCCCUCCUUGGAUUUUGUGACGAUGAAUUUAAAGAUGAAAUGAUGGUGGUGUAUGAGUUCAUGCCUAACGGAUCCCUCCACCAUCAACUUCACGAAAGGGAUAGCAACUCGCCAGCGCUUUCAUGGAAGACAAGGCUAGAGAUCAGCAUAGGAGUAGCGCGUGCACUACACUACCUUCACGUAGGAACCAAGCGCACCAUCGUCCAUUGUAAUGUGAAACCAAGUAACAUUCUUUUGGACGACCAUUGGAAUCCCAAACUGUCAGGAUUCGGGCUUUCUUUAAAAGGACCAAAAUAUUCAUCGAAGGAAAAGGCCAAGGACGUGGAAAGGAUCGCGGGCACGCUCGGAUACAUGGCCCUUGAGCAUGCUUGUUAUGGUAAGGUCUCAAGUAAAUGCGACGUCUAUAGUUUUGGAAUGGUUUUGUUAGGACUAAUAUGCAGAGUAACACUCUUCCAAAUUCUGUGAAAAAUUUGUGGCGAGUAUGAUCAGGAGGAGAAGAAUGAUGAGGGUAAGGAUGAACAUGCUUCUUCGCCAUCUUUCAAAAAUACGGCUGAUGAUGAGGCAGUUGUUAUUCUGCAAAAAGCAUUGAUGAAUGGAGUGACGAUCAUAAGAAUGACGAUCAGGAGAGGGAGAAUAAGGGUGAAGAUGAACAUGUUUCGCCAUCUUUCAGAAAUACAGCUGAGGAUGUACGGACUGAUUGGAGUGGCGUUGCAUCGCAAAGUGAUAUAAGCAGCCCAGCACCAAUUUUCGAUAUGGCUGAGAGAGUAAGGAGUUUUAUGGAAAAGGGAAAUAUUGGAGAAAUAAUUGACCAUAGUUUGGUAGGAGAGAUGGCACCAGAGUGUUGGAGACUGUACAUGGACAUUGCAGUGAGUUGCGUGAGUAGAUAUCCGGAUGAGAGGCCAGACAUGGGUGAAGUUGAAGUGCAGCUUGAACGUGCAUUGCACCUACAACAGGAAGCAGAUGCCGAUGAUAGUUUCCACGCUUUCUUGAUUUAACUCUCUCUCUCUCCCCUUCAUUUUCUCUCUGUUUUUCUUCUUCUUCUUCUUCUUCUUCUUAUUCUUCUUCUUUUUUAAAUCUUUCUAGCGUCCCAACUCUAUCUCACCCCGGGCCACUCCAUAAUUGUCUUCUUCCUAUAUUGAUUAGCAUAGUUGUCUCUUUAUAUUAAUUAGGAGGAUAUGUUGAUAUUUGUUUUUCAGAGUAAGUAGUAUAAGUUAUUAUAAACUCAAGAGUAUCUUGAGUUUGAGGGGAUCGUGUUAAGAUAUAUUGAGAUUUAUUCUUUAAAUUAAGCAAUAUAAGUUGUUACAAA